AUGACAAUCGUUCAUAUCGUUCUUUUCAAGUUCAGGGCCGACACAUCGGAGGAAAUCAGAAACAAAUUUGUGACUGAAAUAAAGAGCCUAAAAACUUUGGAUUGCGUGAAGACUGAAAGACGUGUUGUUGGAGGGCCCUCGAUCACUGUCCCUGCAGAGAAAAGUAAAGGCUUUCAUCGUGCGGCGCUAGAUGCAUAUCAAGCAAGCAGUGAGCAUGAAAGAGAAGAUUUAGUUCGAUUCGACUUUGAGGUGGAGCAAGAUGAUGAGCCACUGCUUGGAUUUUGA